AUGUUCUCACGUGUUGCUGCAGUGAAGGCACCCCGCACACACAACCGUCGCCGCGUGACCGGAUCCAGCGGAAGGAGGAGGGAAGGAAGAGAGAGUGAGCGGCAGAGGCCCAACAUGUCCCGGCAUUUCUUCUACUCUUCGGUGCUGCUCCUCGUUCUUGUGAUGAUGUGCUGCGGCAGUGGUGGUGCUGCUGAAGCUGCUGGGCAGUCUCCUGAACCAAAGUUUGAAUGGAAGGACGUCAAGGAUGGUGGUGUUACUGUGGAGUCGUUGGGUGCUCCCGGCCUUCUAAAAGUGGGGAGUGACGUAUUUGCCGUCGCCGAGGCGCAGUGCAAAGGAAAGAAUGAUAAUAAAGAAGAUUUCACUGGGAUUGCCUCGGAGCUCCUGACGUUGUCUGAUGAACAAACAAAAGUGGAGUUGGACAAAACUAAACUGAGGACACAAGUACUGUUGGAAUGUUCUGCCGAUAAAGAGAAAUGUGCCUCUCAAAACGCUGCUCUGGAAGGUGCUUCCGCAGACUCAAAGAAGAAAGUACAUGUGAGCCAGCCGACAACAGUUGUGAAGGAAAAUGAAAUUUACAUGCUUGUUGGGAAAUACAGCCCUACAGCUGCCGUUCCUGAUCAUGCCUCUGCUGGGGUUUAUUGGGGUCUUUUGCUGGCGAAGGGGAAUGUCAGUGGUGAGAGCAGUAACAAAAGAAUUUAUUGGAAUGGGAUUGACGAUCUCCAGAGCACUUAUAACAUCCAGCAAGAGGCCUUGACAGCACGGCUGACUGGCGGCGGUGGAUCGGGUGUUCACAUGGAGGACGGUACGCUUGUGUUCCCAGUGGAAGGCAAAAAGGAGGAGGAUAAAAAGGCCGUUUCACUGAUCCUGUACUUGAAGGAUACUAAUGAGGGUUGGAAGCUGUCGAAGGGGAUGUCUGACGGUGGCUGCAGUGAUCCCUCCGUCGUGGGGUGGGGAGAGAAGGAGGACAAAAAACUCAUCAUGAUGACUGCGUGUGAUGAUGGCCGCCGCAGGGUGUACGAGUCCGGUGACAAGGGGGAGUCGUGGACGGAGGCCCUCGGGACACUCUCGCGCGUGUGGGGCAAAAAAAAGGACAAAGGAGCGAAGGGCGUUAGAAGCGGGUUCAUCACAGCGAGGAUUGACGGUGUUGGUGACAAUAAAAAAGUGAUGCUCGUCACUCUGCCGGUGUAUGCCAAGGAGGCUGGUAAAAAAGAAACGGGCAAUUCAAAGGGAAAACUCCAUCUUUGGCUGACGGACAACACGCACAUUGUUGAUAUUGGGCCGGUAUCCGAUGAUGACGCUGCCGCCAGCUCCCUGAUGUACAAAAGUGGAGAAGGUGAAACUAAUAACGAGGAGUUGAUUGCACUGUACGAGAAGAAGAAGGACGGUGAAAAAACAUCACCUGGUAUGGUCUCUGUGCUUCUGACUGCGCAGCUGCAGCGUGUGAAGGAUGUGCUGGCGACGUGGAAGAAAGCGGACGAAACUGUCUCCAAGCUGUGCCCCUCAAGUGCUGAGAAGGAUGAAUCAACUGACAAUGCCUGCAGCCCUACUGUUAAGGUCACGGAUGGGCUGGUUGGCUUUCUGUCCGGCAACUUCUCUGGUGACACAUGGAGAGACGAGUACCUCGGGGUGAACGCCACAGUAAAUAAUAAAGCUGGGGCAGCGGAAGGAAAGAAAGGAGAAGUGACCAGCACGGAGAAGGGUGUGAAGUUCCGGGGAGCGUGGGCGGAGUGGCCUGUUGGCGAGCAGGGGGAGAAUCAGCUGUAUCACUUUGCGAAUUACAACUUCACUCUUGUGGCGACGGUGUCCAUCGACGGUGUGCCGAAGGGCGGCAGCCACAUUCCUUUGAUGGGUGCGAAGAUACGUGACGAAAAUAAGAAUAUAGUUUUCCUGGUACUGUCAUACAACAAGGAAAAGAGCUGGGAAGUGUUGUCCAGUGGCACAGUGACUAAGGAGCAGAGCAGCACUUGGGAGCCAGGGAAAACACACCAAGUGGCCAUUGUGCUAUAUAACGGCACCCAGGGCUCUGCGUACGUCGAUGGUAAGCUUGUGGGGAGUGCAGAAUGUGAAUUGAAAACCGCGGAGUUGAAAGAGAUCUCCCACUUCUACAUUGGAGGGGGCGAACGCAGUGGAGACAUCGCAGGGAGCGAAGAAGACGUGUCUGUGACUGUGACGAACGUCCUGCUGUACAACCGUCCGUGGAAUUCCGAAGAGAUUGGCGCCCUCAACCCGAAUAAAGACCCCAUUACGACUCGGGUGACCGAAAAUGCGCCGGAAACCAUGUUGCAGUCUCCUGCGAAACCACAGCCUUUGGAAGAGGAACCAUUGAAGGAGAAUAUUGGUGGCAGUGACGGUGUAUCCAGAGCAGCUUCCGUUUCUACGACUCCCUCGUCUGAUUUUGCCCAAACGGUGGGAUCAGAAGUUGGAGAUACGAUGCGGGGAAAUGGAUCACCCCAAACUCCCGAGGUGGGCGCGAGCUCUGGUGAGGAUGGAGAGAUGGCGGGAGGGACGGAUGGGCAGAAACGGGAGGCAAUCCAUCCACAUAACGGGGAAGUAAAUGCUACGGCAAUCAACAGCAGCCUUGGAAAUGUGUCGCAGGUGAAUAACACCGAUGCCGGCACCAUGCGUGGGAGCGGACUGCUGCCAUCGCUGCUUCUGUUGGGACUGUGGGUGUUUGCGGCUCUGUGA